AUGCGACAACGGACAACAUUCUUCCAUCAAAACGAGGAUGCAAUCGAACCUACAGACUUGAAAGUCAAGGGCCGUUCCAUCACCGGCCCAGCCAUCAAGGCUGUUCGGGAGGAUCGUUUCACUUUCGCACUCGACGAACUUCCUUCCGAGCUCCAACAGCUGCUGCAGAAUACCCCCGAGCUUCAUUUGAGAUGGAGCAGCUCGGCUGCCUCGGAACCUGUGCCCUUGGAUCCCUGGAACUCUAGCCUGCCUCCUGGACUUCACGUCUUCUAUACACCCCGGGAUGGAGCAAGCCUGACCGAUCCCAUUUGCGCAUUCCUCCAUAACUUCCUGCCGUUCGAGGACUGCUCAGAGUCACUGGACCGUUUCUCUAAAUUACCCAACGACCGCUUCUCCCAUUCCACGGCGUACCAAGCGUACUUUCCCCUGGAGAGCCUGGGCGACUUCCCACAAUAUGCUUCCAAAUAUCUAUGCCCCGAAUCUGACCACGAUUGCAAGACACGCAUACAUGACGUUCGCAGUGCCAAGUCGCUAGAUGUGUCUUACGACACCAUAUCGCAUGUACUCAAGGCCACUGUGCUAUGGCCGUUAAACAAACAACCGCUGGAUAUUACUGCACACAAAGAUCAUAGAGUCGAGGUGGGUCUUCUCACGCCGAAUACACCCGAACACCUAGAAGACCAUGAAUUUGGUGUUGCUGGACUACUCACCGUUCUGGGAGAAGACACCAAGCCCUCGCCCGUCAUGUUCUCGUUCCCAUCUCGCCACAAACCUUCCGACGCAAGCUUCACCUCCGAUUUCAAUUCACCUCUUGGCUUGCAUCCGACCUUGCAAUUGCGUAUUGAUUCAGGUAAACCUCCGAUAGAUGACACUUUCUGCUCACUGCAUGCAUACUUUACAUUGCCGAAUACUAUUUUCGCGGACAGAUAUCAGCUCGAGGACCCCCUGUUUCUUGCGUCAAAGAAUCUUACAGCGCUUCGAUACAUUAGCCAGCCUGUUGAUUUGGAGGCACCUAGUUAUGUUAUGAAGCUGUGGGGAUCUUCUGUACUGCUUGAGCUGCAGCCACCCGCUGCAGGUGAUGACUUUACCGUCGAAAUUCCGCUUCACCUGCGCUAUCAGGUACCACGCGCCGGAGGAGUAGAAGCCUUCAAGGUUCCCUAUCCGAGUGUCUUCUGGGCUUGUGCAGCAGAGGAAGGCACCAAAUUCCCGAACAACCCGUUUGACCGCGUCAAUUUGGGUUAUGAUGGACUAUUUGGUCCAAGGACUCUUUUUUGGCAUCUGAGCCCUGCUCCUCUAAGUGGUAACCUCAUGCUGGAUGCAUCUGUCCCAGUCUUAGACACGGAGAAAUCGAUGACAAUCAGCACACUGACAGGUGCUGCCGUUAUAAUAGGAUUUGCUUGGGUCGUAUGGAAGAUCUUGGCUGUCUUUGGGCGAUCCGGUCAUGGCCAGCAGCCCAAGGUCGUUCCCGAAAAGAAGUUGCAAUAA